UAGUAGGCAGCUGCUGCUUCAUUUGUUAUUUGUAUUUAUUUAAGUUGAGCUUGCUUGAAUUUGUUAGCAACGUUAUGUACGCCAAGAACAAAUCGAAAGUGCUGCAGACGCUGGAGGAGACGCUGCCGCCUUUGAGUCACGACGAUGCCAUCGAUAUGAUAACAAAGAUCAUACGCAAGCCCGACUCGAAUCCCAUUGAGGCAGGUCUGCGCCUGGGCAAUGUGGAUAAGCAUAGCAAGGACAGCUGCACAGUGAAGCUGCAGGCAGCGCUAGGCGAAGUAAACGUCAGCAGCGAGGCGCUGAACAAAGUGAUGCCCGUAAGCAAUGAGCAGCUAACAGAGCUGGCGCAGCUGAGCACAGCGCUGCAGCAAGAUGAUGAAGAUGAAGAUGAAGACGAUGAUGUUGAGUAUGAUGAGGAUGAUGACGAAGACGAUGAUGAUGCUGAUGAUGAUGACGACGACGACGACGACGCAGCUGACAGCGUAGCACACGAUAUUGGCUUUAAUUUAAUGAUUUAAGCUUUGCAUAAUAUCAAAUUUUGUUAGCUAGCCAAAUUUGCAGUACACACAUAUAAAAAAUACAACUUUCACUUUAG